AUAAAUGUAAGGGGAUGUAAAUUAUAAACUACGUGUUUCUCUUUUUAUUUUUUUUUACAAAUUAAAAAACUAAAGAAUUAAACUUUCGAGAUGGUUAAAGUAUUAAAAGGCGUCAUUAUAAAAUGCGAUUCAACGGUUAAGCAAGUGAUUUACAAGUUAAAUGAAAGAAAGCAAAUUAUAAUUGAAGAUUUAGAUGAUACACAUUUAUUUAUUAAUGAAAAAGAAUUAGAAGAAGUUAAAAUUGAAGUAGAGAAGUUAUUAGAAGAAAAUACUUAUAAAACUGAUUUACCUCCUCCAAGUGAUAAAUAGAAUUUUUUAAUUAGAUUAGAUACAAUAAAUAAAUAAAUAAAUAUAUAUAUAUAUAUAUAGUAAGUACAUAUAUAUGUAUUUGCU